AUGAAAUAUAAUUACUUUAAAUUACAUGAUCUUCUUAUAUCGAUGGACAUACCAUUUGUCUAUCAAGUAUGUGUUGCUGGAUGUAAAGGAAUGUUAUCUAUUGAUCCUCAAUCGAUAAUAAAUGAUAAUUAUAUAAAAGUUCGAAAAAGUAUGAUGAAAUUUGACAGUAAUGAUUGGACACUUGAAAUUGUUGAUCAUUCUCAAUUAAGUGAAGUUUUAGUAACAAAGAAUCCAUGUCUUUAUCCAGAUGACAUUCAUCGUCUAGAAGCUGUUGAUAUUCCUACAUUUCGAUCAUGUAUUCAUGAUUGUAUUGUAUUUUCUAUUCUUGGAUCUCGACCAUAUUCAAAUGAAAUUGCCGGAUCUGAUCUUGAUGUUAAUAAAAGAAUACCACCAUUAACUUAUAAGCCAACUUCGAAAAAACAAACAAUACUAAAAGUUACAUCCGAAUUAAUUGUAACUCAUAUUCUUGAUAUACUAGAUGAUCAAACAUUUGGUAUUAUCAAACUUUUACCUCGAGCUAUUGAUUCGAUGAAAACUGGUGAACAAAUCGAUAUGAAAGAGAUCAACAAAUUAAGAACAAAAUGGUGUAAUACAUAUCCAGCAUGGAUGAUGAAAAAUGAUAAAUUAAAUUACAAAAGCAAUUCAAUUAAUGAAUAUUUAUUUAAUAAAGCUCAAAAUUUGCAAAUCGAUGAAUCUGCAUAUAAAACUAUGUAUAUUAAAUAUGAUAAAAUCAAUAAAGAUAUUGCAAUUUAUAUUGAAGAAGAUGAUAAUAAAAACCAACACUACUAUUUUUAA